AUGUCGGCCAACCGCGAGCAUCGCAUUGCCGGCGCUGUCGACAGCCUAAUCGCACACCUGAUACCCAACGACCCCCACGAGGAUGAUGCUGCUGCCCAGGAACGACAUGACAACUGCUUUGAGUUGGUGAAGUCAAUAUUGGAAGCCCCCGCGUCCCCCGCCAUUUCCUCAGAUGUCAAUCACGCUUCGGACCUGAUCAAGAGGAAGCUCAUACAAAGCAACCCGACACAAGCGCUGCGCUUCUCGAAUCUAUACACCCGGCUUCUCUCUCUACCCGUGCUGGGGCAGAAAUGGGCCAUCCUGUACCUCCUUUACCAGCUCGCCGAUUCCCCGGAUCCAAAUGAGCCACUGCCCCUGCCCCCGCCGAACCCCCCUUCGCAAGUACAACGCGACCCGUUCCGGAAACAUGAAAGAGACCGUUCUUCUAAGAACUCGACGCCAAUUUCAAGGCAAGAAGAGGAACAGUUCAACGAUGCUUUUGCACCCGAGGGUUUGAAGAAAUUCCCGCCGAAACAGCCCAAGAACCGGUCAGCCGACGAAAGGGAAAAUGAGCAGGAGAAGGGAAACGAGGCAGACGAGGUUGAGGCGAACAAACGAAAGGUCGAUUUGAAAUACACACUGCUCGCCGACAACUACACCGAGAUCAAGCCUUCCGAGACCAUUCUGUUACGGGACCUCCCCUUUACUUUACAAGGGCUGUCAUCCACGACCUUACCUUUCUCAAAACCAGACACUAUUACGUUGCCCCCGACAUUACCAUCUCCAAUCAUCUCGCUCUUGCACACGGUGUCUGAGCCGUCUUUGUUGUAUCGGCGUCUUGACAUCUUUGUCAAGUCCCCAGCACAAGGGUUGCUGAGGCAAAGCAUCCGAGCCGCAAUAGGUGGAGAGUUACGGUCCUACCUUAGCUUAGUCGCGACUCUUGAAGGCCAGAUCCGAAGAGCAUUGUCCUCGCUGGACGAUUCUGCGCCAAGAGGCGGAAUUGGGAAGUCGGGCGUGACCUUGAAAAGAUGCGUCGUGUGGACACGGGAGGCAACGAUGGGUCUGAGGCUCAUGAGUCUCAUUGCCGAGGAGUCGGAGAGCAAACGAGGCGGCCAGCUCAUCUCUCUCAUCCAUGGGUUUUCAUCAUCACACGGCGACCCCAUGGUAGCGGCGUUCGCUGAACGGUUGCUUGUCCACGUAACACGCCCGUUUUACGACAUUCUGCGCCGGUGGAUAUACGAUGGCGAGCUUCUCGACCCUUUCUGCGAAUUUUUUGUCAAGGAACAGAAGCAGACAGACGAGCCCAAGACAGGAGGCAGCAGCGUUUGGGAAGACAAGUAUGAGAUUGACAAGGACAUGGUCCCCAGCAUCAUAACCCAAGACUUCGCGCAAAAGGUCUUCCUCAUCGGCAAGUCUCUCAACUUCAUCAGGCAUAGCUGUGGCGACUCCCAAUGGGUCGAGGACUACUCCAAGGCGGCCUCGAAGGAGUUACGCUACGGCGACACCGCUACCCUUGAGGCUUGGAUCGACGAGGCCUACAAGACGACGAUGAAGCGUCUUAUUGACCUGAUGGCGAACAAGUUCCACCUUUUUGAGCAUCUUCAAGCCUUGAAGAACUACAUUCUUCUCGGACAAGGUGACUUUAUCGCUCUUCUCAUGGAAUCUCUUGCUGCGAAUCUCGAUCGUCCUGCCGGUGCACAAUACCGACACACACUUACAGCACAGCUCGAACAUGCCAUCCGCGGCUCCAACGCCCAGUACGACUCUCCCGAAGUUCUCCGCCGCCUCGAUGCACGUAUGCUUCAGCUAUCACAUGGCGACAUUGGGUGGGACUGUUUUACGCUCGAAUAUAAGGUCGACGCGCCAGUGGAUGUCGUGGUCACAGAUUGGGGCAAUCGCCAAUACCUCAAGGUUUUCAACUUCUUGUGGCGCAUCAAGCGCGUCGAGUUUGCCCUGGCCUCGACGUGGCGCAAGUGUAUGACGGGCUCGCGUGGAGUGCUCCAGAACUCGGAUCCAGUCGUCGUGCAGACCUGGAAGUCAACCCGUGGCAUCCUCGCAGAAAUGAUUCACUUCAUCGGCCAGCUCCAAUACUAUAUCCUGUUCGAGGUCAUCGAGUCAUCUUGGAACGAACUUCAGAAGCGCGUACAUCGCGAAGGCUGCACGCUAGAUGACCUCAUCAAGGCCCAUACCCGCUACCUCAACGACAUCACCCACAAAGGGCUCCUCGGGGCGCGGCGCAGCAUCCGACAUGCCGACAUGGCGACUGGCGAAGACGACCGCACCUCUUACCUCUCUCAGCUUGGCGACCUUCUGCGCGCCAUGCUCAGUUAUCGUGACUCCGUCGACGGCCUAUACAGCUGGAGCGUCUCCGACUUCACACGCCGACAAGAGGCUGACGUCAUGCGCAUGUCGACCCGCGGCGUCCGGCAUCAGAAGAAGCCGUCGGAGCCGGGCGGCGAUGGCGAGGACGACAACCCGGCCGUCGCUUCGGAGUUCCCCGUUCUUCAGGACCGCCUGCGCCAGCUCGGCGCCACGUUCCGCUCCCGUCUCCAGAUCCUGCUCGGCGACCUCGCUUAUCAGCCUGACGUGGACAUGCGUUUCCUCGGCGUCGCCAUGAACUUUAACGACGUCUACCAGCCCUCGAGGAGACGGAGCAAGACGACCUCGACAGCCUCUGCCAACACUUCCAGGGCGUGA